ACCUCGACGGUAGCAGCACUUCCUGCACAGACAGCCCUGCAUGCGGGUUAAUACGGCUCCUCUCUCUCUCUCCCUCUCCCUCCCUCCCUCCCUCCCUCCCUCCAUCCAUCCGUCCAUCCAUCAGUUGUAUGUCUCGUUAGCCCAGCAGCUAACAGCUCACCAGGCCUCAGUGGCCGGCCGGCGCAUCCUCAGCUUCCAGCCAUGGCGUUGGUUACUCUGCAGCGGUCCCCGACCCCGAGCGCCGCGUCCACCGCCAGCACAGCAACCACGACCGCGGGGGAGGAUUUUGGGAGUGAAGAUGAACGGCGAAUAAAUCAGAGCUUGAGUGAGAGCUUCUUCAUGGUGAAGGGCGCUGCUCUCUUCCUGCAGCAGGGAAGCAGUCAACAGGGCCAGAAAGCCCAUCCUCACCACAAACAUGCAGGCGACUUACCUCAACACUUGCAGGUGAUGAUAAACAUUCUUCGCUCGGAGGACAGAAUCAAGCUGGCGGUGCGGCUGGAGAGUGCAUGGUCAGAUCGUGUGCGGUACAUGGUGGUGGUGUACACCAGUGGGCGACAAGACACAGAGGAGAACAUCCUACUGGGAAUCGACUUUACCAGCAAAGACUGCAAAAGCUGUUCCAUCGGCAUGGUGCUACCUCUGUGGAGUGACACAAAGAUCCAUCUGGAUGGAGACGGGGGCUUUACUGUGAACACGGCAGGUCGGACUCACGUCUUCAAACCCGUGUCAGUGCAGGCCAUGUGGUCAGCCCUGCAGGUGCUGCACAAAGUGUGUGAGGUGUCACGCAGGUACAACUACUUCCCCGGAGGCAUGGCUCUCACCUGGAUGGGCUACUACGAGAGCUGCAUCGCGUCAGACCAGAGCUGCAUCAACGAGUGGAACGCCAUGAAGGACCUGGAGACCACGCGGCCAGACUCGCCCACCAUGUUUGUCGACAAGCCUUCAGAGAGAGAGAGGACAGAGUGCCUUAUCAAAGCCAAACUCAGAAGCAUCAUGACGUGCCAGGACCUCGAGAACGUCACCUGCAAACAGAUCCGUACAGAGUUGGAACAACACAUGAACUGCAACCUGAAGGAGUACAAAGAGUUCAUCGACAACGAGAUGCUGCUGAUCCUGGGCCAGAUGGACAAAGCCACUCUCAUCUUCGACCACGUCUACCUGGGAUCCGAAUGGAAUGCGUCUAAUUUGGAGGAGCUGCAAGAAACAGGGGUGGGCUAUAUCCUCAAUGUUACCAGGGAGAUAGACAACUUCUUUCCAGGCACAUUCAGUUAUCACAACAUACGCGUCUACGAUGAAGACGCCACUGACCUGCUGGCUCACUGGAAUGAUACGUACAACUUCAUUGUUAAAGCAAAAAAGAACCACUCCAAGUGUCUCGUUCACUGCAAGAUGGGUGUCAGUCGGUCUGCUUCCACCGUCAUUGCUUACGCCAUGAAGGAGUAUGGCUGGUCGCUAGAGAAGGCUUACAACUUUGUCAAGCAAAAGAGAAGCAUCACACGACCCAACGCAGGUUUCAUGAGACAACUGGCCGAGUACGAGGGCAUCCUGGAUGCUAGUAAACAGCGUCACAACAAGCUGUGGCAUCCAGAUGCAGACUGUGAGAUGGCCGAGGGGCAGCAGGGGUUGGCUCAGUGUUGUGGAGGGGAGGAGGGAGGCCACCUGACUCCAGAGCCGGGAAUGUCUCCCUGCUGUGAGGAGGCGCUGUCUGAUAAAGGGGCUGCAUGUCCCUCCCCGUGCAGGACUGUUUCCCUGGAGAUCGACCCCGCUUACAACAACUACUAUUUCCGCCGACUCUCUGACUCGGCGCUGGACAGCGAACCAUCAACGCCUGUGCGCGGCCCCCCCCUUCUCGGCAUGGAAAAAGUCUUUAUAGAAAUCGAGGAUGUGGAGCGGGACGCUCUGCUGGACGACGAGGCCUUUGAUGGGCGUGAAGGACUGCCACUCCCCCACUUUGGGCCUUCAGCAGAGGGAACCGCUGCCCAGACAAGCUCUCGGGGGCCUGAGCCCCUGGAGGAGCUGCGUCUGAGGCUAGAGUUCAGCACAGUGGAGGAGGAGGAUGAGGAGGAGGUGCGAAAGGAGGAGGCAGAGAUGGAGGUACUCAUGCAACCAGACGAUGGAGGGGGUGGGGAAGGAGGCGGAGGAGAGGAAACGCAGGAUGUGGAGGUAGAAGGGGAUACAGAGGGAAAUGGGAUGGACCUGGCAACCCUAAAUGAAAACUCCAACAAUAACAACCAUUUGAGCCCUCCACCUAACCUUAAUGAGAAAACUUCCUCCAUCAAUCCUCCAGCUGAUGCUUCUCCACAGUCUUUUGGGGAUUCAAAGUCCAAGCAGAUAAAAGACUCUCCACCCCUGGUGUCUAAGCUUUGCUUUAACCCCAGUCCUCCUGAAGUCCCAAGUGCUUCAUUCCCACUGUCCCAUUCUUCUUCUGAAGACCUCGCGUCCUCUGUGGUACUGCUACGCCCCUGUGGCCCUCUGUGUGACUGUGCCAACUGUGCUGCCUCCACGCCCACAGCUCCACUCGACAGAGACGAGCAGCCAGGAGAAUCACUGCACCUGCCGGAGGCGGAGGACGAUGGUGAUUUAUUGGAGGUUAAGACAGAGAGCCAGAAUAGUAAAUCCACAGCUUCCUCAGAUGCUCUCCCUGAGCUGAUGAGAAUGGAUGUGGAGGAAGAGAAGCCUGGCGUGGCUUGCUACAUUGGCCAACAACAGGAAACCCUCGUGCAGCUGCAGAGGUCUGGGCUUGUCCGCCGGCGUGCAGAGAGACUAGAGAGACUUUCAGGUUUAUCCCAGGAGAGCCUGCCCUCUCUGAAGCCUUUGGACGCAUGCCAGAGGUCCAAAAAGAGCCCCUGUCACGCUGAGGAUGAAGAGGAGUUCUCCGGCUUCACAGCGGACUUCCCUAAAUCUUCUACACCAUGCCAAGUGCGGUUAGAGCCACUGGUGGUGCCACUGACCAAUGAAGCCUUGUUGGGGGUGGUGGGCUCUGGGUUGCUCACACCCACCUCCUCUCCUCACGGCUCCACGCUGACACGCAGCUCCAGCAGCGACAGCCUGCGCAGCGUGAGGGGGAAACCUGGCCUCGUGCGUCAGAGGGCGCAGGAGAUCGAGACCCGCAUGCGUCUGGCUGGCCUGACCGUGCCCUCGAGGCUGAAGCGGUCCAACUCGCUGGCCAAGUUGGGCAGCCUCAAUUUCUCUUCGGAGGACCUGUGUUCGGCCUGCUCCUCAGACGCAGGAACACUGCUGCUCCUCUCGCUGUCCCCAGAGCCAGACCCCGGCUUGGAGUGGGACUCCCCCACCACCACUGCUCUGCCCCGGCCCUGCAAGGACCUGCACACUCCAGAGAGGGCGCUACCAGGUGAGCCCAGAAGCUGACACGUCAAAGUGGAGGUGAUACACACUCAGCUCGUCCCCUCGUUCGUCUGCCUGUGGAUCUGGAGAAUUGAGUCAAACAAAACAAAAUGAAAACAAAACAACAAUGCCAACUGUCGUUAAAAGGAGUGUACGCUCUCUUUUGCCACAUUGUUUCUCAAACUGCUGUUCACAGUGAUCUAAGUCAUAUUGCUGUAUCUGACAAAUGUGUAAAGCCAUCAGUUCACCUCUUACUUGGUUUGAUUCAUGGACAAACAAGUGCCUUACCUAUGAGACCAGAGGCACAGAGCUGUGUGUUAGACUGCAGGAUGAGACGGUACAAGACGCUCUAUAACCUUUAACUUCACAGUACCUGAUAUGUACCAAAUUGUGGUAUCCAUUGGCACUUAGAUUAUUUUUACCUGUCUGAUACAAAGUGGUUCAUCACUGAUGAAUUUGAGUCCCUCGGUGGAGCUCGACGGAAAGCAAAGUGUUAAUAAACGUAGAGUUGUUUACCGCACAGUUUAUGUUUUAGAUGCUAGAGGGUUGUAAAAUUAAUGGUUACCUCAUGUUACAUUCAUGGAGCUCUUUCUCAGAUGAACACUAGAAGCUUAAUUCAGUUCAUUUGCUGAUGUCAAAUUAAAGUGAGGAAAUCAGUUUGGAACUCAUUUUAAAUGCAGAGGUGUGUGUUAAUGCAUAACUAUAUGUGAGUCCGUGAGUGAGUGAAUGGGAUGAAAGAGAAGAGAGCGAGAGAGAAGGUUGUGACUUUGUUUUGCCAGAGGCUUGCUCACUGUUUUCAACAAACAGAACAAAAACAUUUCUGAGUUUGUUGUUCCUUUGCACUGCUUUUUUUAUUGAGUGAAUACUGGUACACAGCAAGCUAUCUUCCAAAAUAACAUUAGAGUAAUGUUAUUGACCUCAUCAUUCCCUACAAUGUUCUUGGGAGAGCAGAGUGAGGAGUCACGCUGCAUUGCUUGAAAUCAUAAUACAAACGCCUUGUGUGACAGGAACUGAGGAUUUAUGUCAGGGUUUUUCCCAGGUGAAAGUGAUCUGAACACAAAACAUAAAACAUUUUAAACCUUCCUUUACCUUCAAUUAGCUCAUCCUUGAGGGUUGCCAACAUUUUGAAUUCAUUUUUAUGCUUUUUGAAAUGUGAAAGACCAAAGUUCUUUGGCUGUCUCGACAAAUUGGAAGCACCAUCGACGCUGUACAAAAUAUGUGAACCAUAAUGUCAAUCAUACGUAUUUAGAUGCUGUCACAUCUUUUUGCACCUUUUUGGGAGAGACGAAAGCGACUCAGUGAAGUCAUCGGGCUCAUAGCUGUUAAGCUUCUACGCUCAUAUCAUCAGUGAGUUUGAAAGCUUUUGUCACGCUGACGUGACGACGAUCACAAUAGGUUACUUCACAGUUUUGUAACCAUUUUCUUUUUAUAUUUAAGUAUGCAGUAACUUUUGUACUGUACAUUGCUGUAGUUUGAAUGCAUAUUGCACUUUUUAUGUUGGUCAAAAUAAUGUACUGUAUGUGUUCAUUAUGGAAAUAAACAUUUCUUUUACAUAAUA